AUGCCUUUGACAUUCUGCCCAAACUGCAGCAAUGUGCUCACGAUUUCUCGAGCCGAGCCGACGGCUUCGUAUCCCCUAGGUGUGAACCGUUUCGAGUGCCAUUCUUGUCCUUAUCAGCACGUCAUUGAUACCAUGUAUUACGAAAAGCGGACCUUAAAGCAGAAGGAAGCCGAGGACGUGAUGGGUGGUAAAAAGAUGUGGGAGAAUGCGGAUAGCAUGGAGGGUGAGUUGAAACUUGGGGAAAACAAAAAGAAAAUAAAUGGUAGGAUCGUUACGCUGAUUAUCGACUUUUGCUUGUACCCAGUCCAAUGUCCAAAUGAAGGCUGCACCAGCGAUCGCGCAUACUUCCGUCAGCUACAGAUUCGCAGUGCUGAUGAGCCGAUGACUACGUUUCUGAAGUGUACGGUCUGUGAGGCGGAAUGGCGAGACUGA